AUGCCCAAUAUCCUCAAUCUCAAAUUCAAAGGCAACAAGUCUUUCGUCGCGUUCAGCAAUCUCAAUGAUACCGAAUCUCUAACGAAGACCUGGAAGGUCUGUACUAAGGUUGCCAGCUUCCUCGAGCAAGGACAAAGGCUCGAGAACCUGAGCUGGAGGUUAUGGCACCUUCAGAACCUUAUGGUCGACACCGAUAACGCCAAGUCGAAGCGGGAAUUCAGGAAGCUCUCCAAGUGCAUGGGAGACAAGCUCGACAAAGAGAAGGGAAGGAGCAUCGAGGAACUUGAAGCGCCCGACUUCAGGCGAAAUCAUUCCACAGAUAUGAUUCGACAACGCGCCGAAGAAAAGGAGCGUAACCGCGAGGCCAGCCAGCACAUUCCAGGCACUAUCAAGCGAAUGCAAUUUACUUUCAGCGUCGAUCAACCCACCCCGGCUGUUAGCCAGACAGUCAAGAAGCCUGACUUGAAGCCCUCUCCGGAGUUCUCGAAGCGUCCGAGAAAUGCUGCGCGUGUCUCUGAACAUGCUGUGGAGGGUGAUCACGACUCCCACGACCAUCACGACAAAGACAUCUCUUUGACUCAACGCGGCCGUAAGACCCAAGGCGGCGACCUGUACACCUCGAACGAAGUUCUCAAGUUCCCCACCCUCUUCUCUUCCGACUUCGGCCCUUCGGCCCUUCUUUAUCCUACUCCAACCACCACCAAUAGCUUGAACUACGGCGAGGGCCUCAACUCCAGUGCCGCUAACGACGGGUUUAGCAUUGUCCGUCCCACUAUCGAGCUGCCCCUGGAUGAGCUCCUCGCGGACUCUGCCGAUAGCCCUGACUGGGCUGCUUUUGUUGCAGCCCAUUCCGCAUCAUUAUUCCCUAUUCCUGCUCAAGAACAACAAGAUGUCAUAAUGCAACCACCUGUAUCCAUAGUUCCUUCUUCGACUCAGUCUUCCUCACCUUCUAGCCAUGCCAGCGACGACGAAAAUAGUAAUGACAGUGACGAUGAAGCUAGCGCCGAUGAAAUUGUUACCACCACUAUGAGAAAGAAGGGCCGCCUUGCUCUGAAGGUCGCUCAUCCGCAAACCGUCGCGCCUUCCAAAGUAGCUCCCAUGGACCGAUCCAAUACACCAGUUGGGCGUCCAGCCCUUACCGUCCGCACCCAAGUCGGGCACAACACUCGUUCCUCGGGACCUGGCGCCACCGCGACGAGUCUGAACCCUGCUGUUCUACGCAGCGGCGGAAAUAAUUCGGCCCCUGGUGGUGUCAAGGCCGAGUGCUCGAAUUGUGGCGCCACUCACACACCACUCUGGCGUCGCGGCCUGAACGACGAACUAAACUGCAACGCCUGUGGCUUGUAUUGCAAACUGCACAAGCGACCUCGUCCGAAGAACAUGCGCAGCAAUCAUGGCGAAGGCCGAGCCCAAGCAGCGCCUCGCCAGGAGGCUGUUGACGUCAUGGGUCCAGCCCAAUGCUACAAUUGCCAUACGACUGCGACGCCUCUCUGGAGGAAAGACGAUGAAGGCAAGACUGUCUGCAAUGCCUACAAACUUCACGGUUCUGCGCGUCCAAUUUCCAUGAAGUCCGAUGUAAUUCGAAAGCGCUCGCGUCACGAUGCUCGUCGUGCUGGGAACGGCGUCUCUGAGACUCCUUCUGCUAGUCCAGGGGUUAGUCGUCGCGCCUCCCCUGUGGGGGAUACUUCUCCGACCUUCGUACCUGAUUCUACUUCGAACCAGCCCCGAAUCCUGGACUUCACCGACGACAACGAGCUCCACGCCGUCCAGACGGAGCUGAUGCACACCUUCUCUCAAAGCACGAAUCAUAACCUCGGUUUCAUGGGACACCAGUACACUAGCAUCUUCCCUGGGCCAUAUCAUCCAGAUUCCAUGCCUCAGUACACUAUGGACAACGUGCUCCCCUUCUCAACGGCAGACAUGUCCGACCACGAGAGCCAGUCAAUGAGCCCCCGCUUGAACAAGAGACGCAGAAUGAGUUCCGACUCGGCAUCCGAACCUCCUUCGUCCGCCGUUUCUUACAGCUCGUUCAACGACGGGUACAACAGCGCUUCGUCAGCUACAUCCCAUCGCUCUUCCAUGGACUACCCAUUUAGCUUCUCACCGGCAAACUUUGGGAAUCCUGCGGGCCUUCGUGGGUCUGGGAACGCUUUCUGGCACCCACCCAUGCUCCCCCAAGGCGAUAACUCCCCUCGAGGCUUCCAUCCCCCCAUGCUACCCCCUGCCGAAGACUCCUCCAUGGACUACCCCCACCCUCCGAUGUUACCACAGGACGAAGAUGCCCUCUUCUCCACCUACUUGCAUCCGCCCAUGACUCUUCCCGAGGGUGAAGGUGCUUCCAAUGGGAACAUGAACUCGCAUCAGCAACAGCAAAUGUUCACCUCCGAUUACGACGCAAACAUGAGGCUCUACUAA